GUAACAAUUCUGUGUCCCUCAGUAACAAUUCUGUGUCUGUCCCUGAGUAACAGUUCUGUGUCCCUGAGUAACAGUUCUGUGUCCCUGAGUAACAAUUCUGUGUCCCUGAGUAACAAUUCUGUGUCCCUGAGUAACAAUUCUGUGUCCUCCUGUAACAAUUCUGUGUCCCUGAGUAACAAUUCUCUGUCCCUGAGUAACAAUUCUGUGUCCCUGAGUAACAGUUCUGUGUCCCUGAGUAACAGU